AAACAAUACAAGAGAAGCACAAAAUGGUAAUAUGUUUGCAAUUUGGAGCUAUGAUGGGAAAAUGGUGUAUGAAAGCAUCAUUGAAGCAACAGAGGAAUUUGACUCCAAAUAUUGUGUUGGAGUGGGAGGGUGUGGAAGUGUUUACAAAGCAGAGCUACAAUCAGGUCAAGUUGUUGCUGUGAAAAGAUUUCAUUCGGUACAAGAUGGUGGAAUUGCCAAUGCAAAGGGUUUCGAAUAUGAGAUUCAUGCUCUUCUAGAAAUUAGGCAUCGGAAUGUGGUAAAGCUUUUCGGCUUUUGCUCACAUCCACUACAAUCAUUUCUGGUUUACGAGUUUUUAGAAGGGGGUAGUAUGAAAGAUUUAUUGAGUAAUAAAGAAGAGAUAGUUAGUUUUGAUUGGAUCAGAAGGGCAAAUGUUGUUAAAGGUGUGGCUGAUGCUUUAUCCUAUAUGCAUCACAAUUGCUUACCUCCCAUAGUUCAUCGAGACAUAUCUAGCAAGAACAUCUUGUUGGAUUCAGAAUAUGAGGCACAUAUCUCAGAUUUUGGCACAGCUAGGUUUUUGAAGCUUGACACAUUCCAUUGGACUUCAUUUGCUGGAACAUUUGGAUACACAGCUCCAGAGUUUGCAUACACAAUGGAAGUGAACGAGAAAUGUGAUGUUUAUAGUUUUGGAGUAUUAGCAUUGGAAGUGAUCAUGGGAAAUCAUCCAAGAGACGUUAUUUCAUUUCUCUCACCAUCAUCAUUAUUAUCAACAACUUCAACUACCCAUGAUAUACAAUUGAAGGACAUUUUGGACCAACGCCUUGAACCUCCUAGAAAUCAAGUGGCAUUCAAAGUGGCCUUGAUUGCAAAGCUUGCAUUGGCAUGCUUGGCAACCAAUCCAAGAUCUAGGCCAACCAUGCAGGAGGUUUCCAAGGAGCUAUCUAUUGAAAAAGCACCUACAUUACAGGUGGCUGACAUGCUUACCUUGGGUUUACGGUUUAAUAAUGCUUGA